GCUCUUUCAUUUACAGUGGGCGCAGCCAGACGAAUGUAGGUUGUAUAAAAGGCUCUCCGGGUCGCGCCGUUGGCCAGCCGCGUCGACCGAAACAACGAGAAACGCAGUCCGUUGGAAGAAACUACCCAUGCGUCAUUUUUCAUGGUGCCGAUUAAACGUCGCUUACGAGAAAAACAAUCUAAGACCACGCCUCUUACGAUUAAGAAUACCCCGUGACUAAGUGCUGUUAGAUUUUUUGCCCAAUGUCAUUUACGUGUUGGGCUCAACUGCAGUGAACUCAACGGAAGCCGGGAUACGAAACCCUGUUCAUAUAAGAAACACAAUUAUAAAACUAAUAUAGACGAAAAUUAGUCGUAAGUGAAAGCUUUACUGUACUAGUGCUUGAAAUACACUAAACUGUGAGACACGAGCACUUAAAAUAUCAUCAUGGCCAACCGUGGACCCGGUUACGGAUUAAGUGCGCAGGUUGCCAAUAAAUUGGCUGGAAAACGGGACGCUCAAUUAGAAGCCGAUAUUCUCGCGUGGAUGGGAGAUAUUGUUGGCCAGAAACUGCCCGCAGGAGCUAUUGAGGACGUGCUCAAGGACGGCGUAAUUCUUUGCCACUUUAUGAACAAACUGAUGCCUGGCUGUAUCUCCAAGAUCAACACAUCCGGCGGACAGUUCAAGCAAAUGGAAAAUAUCAACCGUUUCCAGGAGGCGUGUAAGGCGUGGGGCGUGCCCGAGAUCGAUGUGUUCCAAACCGUUGAUCUCUAUGAGCGCCGCAACAUCCCCCAGGUUACCCAGUGUCUUAUGGCCGUCGGACGCGCUUGCUAUUUCCAUCCUGAGUUCCAGGGUCCAUUCAUCGGGCCAAAACCUUCUGAGGAAAACAAGCGCGAGUUCACCGAAGAGCAGCUCCGCGCUGGCGAAGGUGUCAUUAAUUUGCAGAUGGGCACAAACAAAGGUGCCAACCAGUCUGGGCAGAACUUUGGCAACACGCGUCACAUGUGAAGAGUCUGAAUAGCAUUUCUAUCUGACCCCACCAUACAUGAACAUACUAAUUAGAAGAUUAUUGCAAUAACGUAACCCAACAACGAUAUGAUACAAAGCGACAUCUGUUAGCAUUAUGAGUUUUAACAGCUUUUGAUGACGACUAGGACAAGGACAACUGGUGCUUUUUCCAAUGCACCUUUCUGUAGAGCUUUUGAAUCUCCAAUCCUCUUUAAUACAACUCCUCAUCCCGGACGGCUGAGCACUCCUUCUCAGCGACAUCCCGAUGCACACCAUAAACCGUUUUCCCAUAGAAAAAGCUUCCAAAUAACUCUAUCUUACCCUUGUUAACAAGUGCAGUCAGAUUUGUUAGUCAGCGCCCUUAGUACGACCAUCCAUUACAUUUCGCGUCCUGAUUUUUUUGUCACGGUAAUUGUACUCUAAUGGCACGUGGUACUUCCUAAACACAAAAAAAUUGGGUCGUUUGUGAUGUUCCUAUGGCUAUGCACGUUAUGCAUAGCGAAGUACGGAGCAUAGCUAGAAACCCAGCAUAUUGACAGAUGGUCAUCCUUUAAUCUCACCUAGAAAAUGGCUGACAAUAUACGGAAGAUACUGUAUAUGAAUCAUAGCCAACAUCGUCUUAUCAUCAAUUGCUGCUAUAAUUGUGAUCAUUAUUCUUGUUGUCUAAAUUACAUGGGAAAAAAUCAGAUAAACCAACCCAAUCGAACAAGAAUAAUACCUACUGUCUUACUAUCACCAUGGCCGCAAACAUUUUAGGGCUACUGCUGACGCAAAAAAGGUAUUUCAGUUAAACACAUCGUAGCGGUAAUAUAUCAAAACGAGAACAAAUAAAGGUCGCUAUAACGAUGAUUCAUCUAAAUAUCUGAAUGAUCUGUCAAAUAAAUAUUAUUAAACAAAAUUUGAUUUUCUUAGAGACAAAUAUGUUUUCAUUCAGCACGUUAGCACUUCUGCUUGUUAUAGCCUAGUUGUUUUCGGUGCAUCCCACGAAAUAGGGUAGCUGCCAGUCUGAAUUAGCAUUUGGGCCAGAUUAAAAGGCGGGCUACUUAGAGCGCCAUUUGUUAAUGUUUUUUUUUUUUAAAUUUUAAAGAUGUUUAUGAUACAUUUGGCACUGUGUUUUAAGGUCAGUGGCAAGGCGAAAGACAGCCGAAGUCGACAAAAAUGAGUAAAUGUUAAAUAAAAGAAAAAUCGUUUUUUUUUGUCCAGUA